AGGAGCAGUAGGCACCGCGGAGCACGACUUGAUCACGAGAAACCUGUCGGCGAACACUCGCACCCUUGGAGACACGAAGUGGAUCGCAACUUCUACAAGCAACCCGGCACGAGACGCCGUAUAUAAACUUACCCGGGCGAGACAAAGAGCGACGUGGACGACAGCCUCAAGAAACGCCAUCCCUCCUCCCAGCAAUGGCUUACUUCUCAGACCUCCACACGUACCUGCACCAAUCCUCUCUACUCAUCCAAGCAUACCCUUCAGCGCGCAUAACGACGAAAUACUCUCUACCCAGAAAACCGAACACAAAGGGUCGCUCAAAACCGAAAGAAGAAACAGCACCAUCGAAGACAGAGUCAGGAGCAACACAAACGAAGCGCGAGCCCUCUGCCCAGCUCACACUGAAGACAUUCGAGCCCGAAUCGGGAAUAUGCCUGAAAUACCGAACAGACAAAGCGGCAGAGGUGGGCAGAUUAUUAGCGGGACUAGGGAGAUUAGCAAAAGGCGAGAUCAUCGAGAUGCCGACGGCGGCAGCAGCCGCGAACGGAUCAGCUGCAGCAUUUGACGGAGAUAAAAUGGAUAUCGACAGCGGCAUGUCGGCGCCCAAAGUCGAGGACAAGGUCGUGACGGCGGCACCCGCAGCGACUCAAACAAACCCUGCUGCUGGCGGAGGUGGUGGGAAGAACAAGAAGAAGAAGGGCAAGAAAUGAGAAGCUCCUAGGAUAGAUGGAUCGAUAUUCAUGAUCCGCCUGCUGUUCGCACACACCGUCGACGAACUUUGGUGGAUGGGGAAGAGGUCGUGAAGAAUGGAUCACCUCGAGACU